GUGGUGGCUUUGGGUGAAGUACCUGAUGGGACCGUGGUCACUGUCAUGGCUGGAAAUGAUGAAAACUAUUCUGCAGAGCUAAGGAAUGCCUCUGCUGUGAUGAAGAAUCAAGUGGCCAGGUUUAAUGACCUAAGAUUUGUGGGCAGGAGUGGAAGAGGAAAGAGUUUUACCUUGACAAUAACUGUCCUUACAAACCCUCCACAAGUUGCUACAUACCACAGAGCGAUAAAGGUUACAGUCGAUGGACCAAGGGAGCCAAGGAGGCACAGACAGAAGCUUGAUGACUCUAAACCUAGUUUGUUCUCUGAACGCCUCAGUGAUUUAGGGCGCAUUCCUCAUCCCAGUAUGAGAGUAGGGGUCCCGACUCAGAGCCCACGGCCCUCUCUGAACUCUGCACCAAGUCCUUUUAAUCCACAAGGACAGAGUCAGAUUACAGACCCCAGACAGGCACAAUCAUCCCCUCCAUGGUCCUAUGACCAGUCUUACCCAUCCUACUUGAGCCAGAUGACUUCACCAUCCAUUCAUUCCACAACUCCCCUGUCCUCUUCACGAGGCACAGGCCUUCCUGCCAUCACCGAUGUGCCCAGACGCCUCUCAGGUGCUUCGGAGUUGGGGCCAUUUUCAGAUCCCAGGCAGUUCACGAGCAUUUCAUCCCUCACUGAAAGCCGCUUCUCCAACCCACGAAUGCACUAUCCAGCUACCUUUACCUAUACACCGCCCGUCACCUCAGGCAUGUCACUGGGUAUGUCAGCAACCACUCACUACCACACCUACUUACCACCACCCUACCCAGGCUCUUCCCAAAACCAAAGUGGACCAUUCCAGACCAGCAGCACUCCCUAUCUCUACUAUGGCACUUCAUCAGGAUCAUACCAGUUCCCCAUGGUGCCGGGAGGAGACCGCUCGCCUUCCAGAAUGCUUCCUCCCUGCACCACCACAUCAAACGGAAGCACACUAUUAAAUCCUAACUUGCCUAACCAGAAUGAUGGGGUGGAGGCUGAUGGAAGCCACAGCAGCUCCCCAACUGUUUUGAAUUCUAGUGGCAGAAUGGAUGAGUCCGUGUGGAGGCCAUAUUGAAAUUUCCUCCGUGUAGCCCAAUCUCCGUGAGCCAAAAACAAAUGGUCGACAAACUACAAAGUGCCUGUUCUUAAAAUAGAUUUUCUGUUAUGUGCAACUGCUUAGAUGAGAUGGUAAUAGCCCUAAAUAACACAAGAGUGACCAACCAAGCACAAUCCAUGUUUCAGAUUAUGUGGAUCAAAUCACAUAUUUUUCUUGGAAAUAUUUUACACCUUGUUUUAUAUUUAAAAUAUAUUUUUUACAAACAAAAAAAUCCAUUUUUUUGUCUAGACUGUUUUAAUAAAUAGUGAGUUCGUUUGCCAAUAAGGAGAAAACGGACUCCCCCCGUUAUCAGGAAAAACAUGGUGAAGCAAGACAAAGGUUGUGCUCCAUUUUAUUUUUUAAAAACCUUGAACUCCAGAUACAGUUGCAAUCAUACAAUGUAUGGGGACCCUGUUCACUCACAUAGUGCAAUUCAACUGGCUUGUAUUGGUGCACAUGAAACGGACAGCACAGACCAAAUUGCUUCCAUUUUGCAAUAGUACGUUCAGAUCAUGGUAGCUGUUCAAAAUUUCUAUCCAAGCCUUAUUGCACAUAAAAGUUUGAACUUUUCAGUUCAUGGCUUUUUUCGGGGGGAGGGGGGUACUUAAAAAGAAUGAGUCUUCAAGGUACCAAUCUGAAUAGACAGUCUUGGGGUUUCCUCUUUCUUUUUCUAUAAUUAUUUUUGCCUUUGUCCCAUUAACCAAAAUCCCCUCAACCCUCCAAAAUUAAAGCAAAAUCUUAUUACUUAUGCAAAAAAUAAAAAUGGCAAUAUAUGAAUCUCGAGCCAGAAUGGUAUAGGUAGUACUUGUGUUUGGCUGUGUUUGUUUUUUGUUUUUUGUUUUAAGUUAUAAAUGUGUGAAAUUUGAAGUUAUUUGCUAACAUAAAUCAUCAUAUAACUUAUAAAAUAUUUCUUUAAAUUAUUUAAUGACAUUUGGACCCUUUAAAUGUCUCUUAAUGUAAUGCUGUGUUGACUUCGGUCUCUAAAAGUGGGUUGUUUAAAAAAAUAUUAAAUUUCUUCAAGGGUAUGAACGUCAGACCUGUACCUGAACUCUGAAAAACAGUUCCAGUGCUAACUGGUUACAACACAAUUAACCCGCCCACCCAUGCCAAAAUGCAUCCAUAUCAAAUUAGUUUGGAUGUAGCUUUUUGUUAAAAAUAACCUAUGAAGGAAAUAUUGUGUUUAAUAUGUUAUUAGCUAUCUGGUUGCCUUCAACACAGUCUUUGCCUUUCAAAAAGCUGAGCUGGUUGGAAAACAGGAAGGAAAAAUGAGAGCUUUAUUUUUUUCUUUUCUCCCUGUUUUUUUCAUCCACAUUUGAAAAAUAUUUCAUUCAAAAUGUCAAUUUUGACAACAGGUUUCUAAUUUUGAAACACUGUCAAAAUUUUUGCCGCAUCUCAAAAUUCAUAGACAUUUCAACUAACAGCUGUUUAGAAAAGGGAUAAGGAGAGAAAUUGUGAUAUAAUCCCAUCAAUGUUUUUUCUCUGAGAUUUCAGCCAGCUGUAUAUUAUAAAUCAGUUUAUGAAAUAAAAACUAAAAGUAGCUAGCCUCUUGACUGGAUGUAGUCACAAUUCACUAGCAUCAAAUGCUAGAGUGAUAAGGAUUCUUUUUUGUUUACUUUUAAAUAGCUAUGGCAGUUGUCAUGUUGCAGAGAUAAGCACAAGGGAAAAACUGCUCUGCAGACCAAUGCUCUGCCAGUACAGCAUUCAGCAAUACUCAGAUCUUCACACUUAAUACUGAAGAUGAAAGUCACCUUAAAGCCCAUUCCUGGCUAUUAAGCAUGGUACACUAAUACAGGGAUAUGAAAUUAUACCCAAUACCAUUCAUCAACAGAGGUAUUCAAAUUUUGCCAAUCAAGGGCUGCAUUGGUAAGUUCUCAGGAGUCGGAUCCUGACCCAAAGCCCUUGUAAGUUAGUGGCAAUCUUUCUGUUGAUUUCAAUGGGCUUUGGGUUCAGUCUCCUACUGUAUAUAUUCCUCUCUGAUUCAGCAAUCCAUCCAUAUUUAGCAGAACACUUCAUCAUGUGCUCAAGUCCCACUGAAGACAAUGGAAAUGAGGCAUGCGCCUAAAGUUAAGCAUGUACUUAAGUGUUUUGCUGAAUCAUGGCCAUAGAGUGGAUCAGGUUGCAGCCACCCUGGUGUUUAAUAAGUGCAGCCUGUUUGGUUCUAUACUCCCAGCAUGCAGUGCUCUCUGUUGGUCCAACUAGCCUUAAUUGCGUCCAGUAAACAGUAUCCUCCUUGGGCUGAAAUUCUGUUGAAAAUGAGGAUGUAACCCUCAUACUAAAUCAACGAUGGUCCUCCAGUAUAAUAAUUUAUUUGUACAAUACACACAUUGUCAUCCUCAGUUAAUGACUUAGCCAGUCAACUUACAGGGAUUUAACAUCAUCAUGGUACAUUCCUCACAAUUUGGUGUGAUUACUUGCUCUUAAAAAACAAAAAGUCUUUGCCUUCUAAAGGUUGUAUACUAAGUAUGCUUAAAUAAGUAACUUUUCUAAUACUUAGUUUUUCCUUCAAAGAUGGAAGCUGUAAUUGAUUCUAUUUAUUGUUUGUUUGUGGUAGCUUGAAGCAUGCCACUGUCCAUUUAUUUGUAACUAUAAAAUACGUUUGCGAAUUUCAGCAGCACUUAAAAAGCCAGUGUCUGGUUACACAUUUCAGUUUUGUGUUUUGUUUAGUAAGCAAAAGAAAAAAAAUGUACUGCCAGUGCAAGCUGUUUCCUAUUUAAUAAAAGGUACUAUAUUUGUACAUUA